AUGAUUAUAAUAAUUUUAUUGGUCAUCAUAAGCUAGUAUCAACUUUGCUAAUCAAGGAUAUUUGAAAUUGAAGAUGAUAAUGGUAAGCUCAAUCUGAAAAAUAUGAAUGGAUUCAAACUUUAGAUAUUCUACAGCUUAGAGGUUUAAAUUAGCGAAUUGACCUAAAUUUAAACAUCAAAGUGCACUUAAGAUUGUAAGGAUUGUACUAGACGUCAGUGUUACUUAGGUUAGACAGAACUUGAUCAUUCUGAAAUCAAAAUGUAUGAUUUGGAUACUUAAUUAACUGUUCUUUAGCCUCUCACAUACCUUAAUGAUUAAAAUUAAAGUCAUGCUAUUAAUAAAAUAUCUUUGGUAAAUCCUGGACUAUAUAUAAAUUCUUUUGUGGGGGAUGGCUUUUAAUUAUGUUAAAGUAAUACAGAUAAAACAUUAGAGACCCCGUUUUUAAUGAAUUUGAAAGACAUACCUAAUUAAUAGAUAUUAUUUUCACCGAUUCUAUCAGAACGUAAUUUUAAUUAUUUCUAAAUCAAUUACUUGAAGUUUGGAGAUUAUUAGAUUGAUAUAUCAUCUUGCAAAAUUUAUUUUUAUUUUGGAGUAGAGCCAUUCUUUAAAAUUCACAUUGUAAAUGAGAUUAUGAAAGAGUUAGAAGAUGAUUUUGAUUAAAAAUUUGUAAGUUUACUUAAAAACUCUGGUUGCAAUUAUUUUCCAAAAUGGAUUUUUAAGCAUAUAGAAUUAGAGUUUGAAAAGGCAGGAUUCCUUUAUUUUGAGGGUGAUAAUUAAAUUGAAUUUAAAAUUGCAUACAGAAACAGCACUAAUAUUAAAUUAGAUUCAAAAUAUGAUUUUAAAUUUUUCAAUAAAGAAAAUGAAGAAUAUCCUAUUAUUUAUUCUUCAAAUCAAUAUUUAAUAGAUUUUAAAAAUGAGGAGCAGUUGCUUAAGUUUAUUUUCCAUGAUUUUUCUAAUAUAAUUAUUCUGGGGGCAUCUUUCUUUGAAAAUAAGAAAGUGUAAUUCAAUUUUAAAGAAAACUUUGUUACUAUUUAGAAUUAGUUUGAUGAAAGAUGCUUUGAAUAUGAAAAAUCUACUCAUUAUUAGCAAGAAACACUUGUAUUACAGGUAUCAAUUCCAUUGAUAAUUUUGAUGGCAUUAUUUUAUAGAAUAAAUUAAAAUAAUGAAGAGGGCUCUGAGUUUUAUGGAGGAGAUCCUAAUAAAAUUUGAAAUUCAAC